GCUAAAACUCAAGGGGUAGAAAAGAAAAGAAUAAGAAGAAAAAGGGAAGAAAACGAAAAACCCAGAAAAAGAACGGACGGAAUCUAAUAUCGAACGCCGGUGACCCGACCCGCCAAAGUUGAGCGCUCCGUACAUCCACCUUCACCGGCCGGCGGUCUUUGUUCCGAAAUCGUCGAUACUCGAACAUACAGCGUAUGCUUGAGUGUGUAUCUGUACAAAUUGAGUUGAAUUUGGGGAACAGUUGAUAGCAGAGCUUGGUUGUUGGAUCAAUGGCUGGAUUGAAGCGAAGAGUGGAGCAGGGGAUAGUCAAAGGAUGUUCAACUGUAGAACCAGAAAAAUGUCUCUUUGGAAAGUAUUCUGAUGCAGAAAUGCUUGUUCAGUUGAGAAGAAUUGCUCUGGAUCCCUGUGAUCCAGAAGUUACCCUAAAAAAUGUUGGAUCAUUGUUCAGCCAGACACUAAGAGUGCGAGAAGUCUUGUCUCUCAGCCAGACCGACUGUCCACGGAGAAAACGAAAGCUUCAACAGUAUGUCAAAGAGAAGUUGAGAAGUGCUCCAAAGCUUGCUUUGGAGGCGUUUGACCAAGAAAGUGAAGGAAAAAAGAGUAGAAAGCAGUUGACCCAUAUGUCUAGUGUUUCAAGCUUGCUCGGCUCUGUUAAAUCAACAAGAAGUUCUCAACAAAAACCUAUCUCAACCUCACAUAGCACAAAGAGCUUAUUAACAUUUGAGGACAGUUUUCAAGAGCGGGUAUUUUCAGAAUCCUAUCUAGAUGCUGUAAAUAUGGAACCUCCAACCAAGUAUAUUUCCCCUUUAAUUGACUCUGAUGAAUCUGUAAAUGGUUCAAACCCAUUGAGUCCUGUGGACCUAACCCUAACCCCUACUAAAGGGCCCUUGCUGGCCUUGAAUGAAGUGAUUAACAAUUCAAAGUCCUUGGCUACGAAAGGCAAACGUCUUCAAUCACCUCGCCGGUCCAUUCGGUUAUUAAACUUAAUUGGUGAUCACUUGCAGACGAUGGUUGUUCCAGUUGGGCCUCGCUUCCAGGCUGAAGUUCCUGAGUGGACUGUUCCACUUGGCAAUGUAAGAGCUGAUAGUGCUGACGGUGAUUCUGAUGAUUCAAGAUGGUUGGGAACCAGAGUAUGGCCUGUUGAAAUUGAUGAUACAAAAUUAUCUACUAGAUCCAUUGGGAAAGGCAGAGAAGAGUCUUGCAAUUGUCAAGCCCCUGGUUCUGUUGAUUGUGUUAGACGCCAUGUUCUUGAGGAAAGACUCCUUCUGCAAUGCGAUCUUGGCCCUGCUUUCUCAACCUGGAAAUUUGAUCAAAUGGGGGAACAAAUGAUGAAGUCAUGGACAGUUAAGGAACAACAGAUUUUUCAGCCAUUGGUGAAAAUCAAACCACAGACAAAUGGAAAAAACUUUCUGAAGCAUGCACUGAAAUCCAUCCCAUCUGAAUAUAGGACAACCGUAAUAAAUUUUUACUUCAAUGUGUUUCUCCCUGGACGCAUUGGUAUGCAAACAAGGAUGUCAUCUGAGGUGCAAGUCGACACUGAUGAUGAUGAGGCUGGUGAUUCUAAUUACUUGCAUGUGCCUAACAGAUGCCAUGGCAAAACUGGUAUGCCUGUGAAGUCUAAUGAUGUGAAAAAAACUCGAUACUUGCGUGUCAGGACUUGAUUAUUAGGACUCGAAGAUCAAAGAAUAUUGGAUUAACCUCUCCGUGGUUUUGCUUGGUAGCUUUGUUAUUACAGUGCAGAUUUUCAUUUUCUACUUUUAGGCAUUUAGUGAAAGUCACCCUCCCCGUAGGAGGGUGCUUUGAACCUCAGUCUAGUUGGCCGUGUAAAGGUGGCAAUUUUGGCUCGAUGUUAUGAUAAGUUGAUAACCAUUCUAAACUGCCAUAUUGAGGGUUACUUUUGGACAUAUUUAGUUUCAGUUUGGAUUAUUAACUGGCUGCAAUGCUUGGGAUUGGGCAAAGUGUGUUUAAAUCAGGAGUAAUGUUAUACUCGUAAAUUUAUCUUCAUAAUAUUCAUGAUCGAUGUGGUGUUAUUUGAUUAGAUCUCUUUUGUAUUUGAU